CUCUCCUCCCUCUUCUUUCUUGCUGAGUGUUUUGUCAGGUUUGCUUUCAACUCAAAUGGAGAAACUCAGGAAAGCAGUGAGCGAAAUCGCCUAUGCGCAAGACCACACUAAGCUCUCCAUCACCCACCGUUCAUUAAUCCCUCUUCUCUCCCUAUCAUCCUACCUUUACACAGUCACUCUUUCUCUCCGCCAUUGUCUCUACCACUUCGGUCUCUUCUCCAAGCAACGGUUGGCAGUGCCAGUAAUAAGUGUGGGAAAUUUAACAUGGGGAGGCAAUGGGAAGACACCAAUGGUUGAGUUCAUCGCUCAAUGGUUUGCUGAUUCUGGAAUUACAACUCUUAUUCUUACUAGGGGUUAUGCUGGUGGAGAUGAAGCUAAGAUGCUUGCAAGACAUCUUUUUGGGAAACCUGCAAAGAUUGGUAUAGGUGCAAAUCGAGCUGCCACUGCUGCUUCUUUCUUGAAACGAUAUGGAUACAUAGAUCCUCAUAGAUAUUUAUUCAAGGAAACAUGGGCUUACCACAAAGUUGGAGGUUUUGACUCGGGAGAAAUUGGUCCUAUUGUUCUAGAUGAUGGGAUGCAGCACUGGAGCUUGCACCGCGACCUUGAGAUCAUAAUGAUUAAUGCACUAUCUCCAUGGGGAAACUGCCGAUUGAUCCCACUUGGACCUUUAAGGGAACCCUUGACAGCCCUCAGAAGAGCAGAUGUUGCUGUACUCCAUCAUGCAAACUUGAUCACAGAACAAAAUCUCAAAGAUAUUGAGCUAAUGAUACGAGAAGUGAAAGAAUCCCUUCCUAUUUUUUUCACUGGAAUGAUUCCAUCAUACUUCUUUGAAGUAGGAAAUAUCAACUUUAGAAUACCACUGGGUGUCAUACUCAAUGCAAUUGUGCUAUGUGUUUCUGCAAUUGGUUCAGCAAAUGCUUUUGUGCAAGGGAUAGAGAAGAUGGGAGCUUUCUAUGUUGAUCGAAUUGAUUUCAGUGAUCAUCACUUGUUUCAAACCAGGGACAUUGAGAUGAUUGCUAUGAAACUUGGAGUACUGGAGGAUAAGUUCGGUUCCAAGCCUGUAGUUGUUGUAACAGAGAAGGAUUACGAUCGAGACCCAGAGAUUCUCCAGCAUUUGAGCUCUUUCAAAGUCCUGGUACUCUGCUCAGAGCUGCAAAUCAUUCCUAAUAGAGGACAAAGUCAAGAUAGUUUCAUCAAGUUGUUGAAGGAGUUGCUGGAGGUGAAAUGGUUAUGUGCAAAGCAAAACAAACCUUUCAUUCACUAACUGCAAAUGACCCACCAAUUUUUAUAAUCAAGCACCUGAGAAUAGAUACUGAGCCACCAAUCUAAGUCAUGCCUUAAUUUUCUGUUCCUUUCCCGGGAAAGAAGUGCAUCAAAACUAAGUCCUAUGCUUAUUGUUUGAUAACGCUGGGACCCGAUUCUUUGCUUCAGGUAAAGAGUGAAUUGCCUCUUUCCCUUUUUAUACAAAAGAUUUUGUAAUACAACAUUCUACUGUUUCAAACCUUGUAAUUGUACAAGGCUUUGUGGGAGCAAACAAUCUCUCACAAUGAGUGUAUGUAUUAGACUUGUUUAUAUUUUGUUCUAGUUUCUUUCUACGAUAGAAACAAAAACUAGUACAUGCAUCGGUCUCUUACCAAAUGAAUUUAGCUACAUUAGAUCUUCAUUAUCAUC